CCGCGCCCACCGCCCUGCCCCCAGCCCCGCCACUCCCCGGCUGCUCCGGACUCGGCACGUCCUCCUGGGAUCGCCUGCGAGGACACCCGCCGUGCAGUGUACAGUUCAGUGGCAGACUUUCACCUGGCAGAACUGACGCUCAAAGCCCCGUGGAACACUGACUCCGCACCCCGGCCCCCGACUCGAGCCCUGGUAACCGCCGUUCCACUACGCCAUGGAGGUGGUGCUGAUCUUCCUGUGCAGCCUGCUGGCCCCCCGCUUGGUCCUGGCCAGUGCAGCUGAGCAGGAGAAGGAGAAGGACCCUUUCCAUUAUGACUACCAGACCCUGAGGAUCGGGGGAUUGGUGUUUGCCGUCGUCCUUUUCUCCGUGGGGAUCCUGCUUAUCCUAAGUCGCAGGUGCAAGUGCAGUUUCACUCAGAAGCCCCGGGCCCCCGGGGACGAGGAAGCCCAGGUGGAGAACCUCAUCACCGCCAAUGCGACAGAGCCCCAGAAGGCAGAGAACUGAGGUGCAGCCCUCCGGCGGGGAGCCUCCGGAACCUGCAGGCAGCUGCCCUGACUGCGACGUUGACGCUCGAAAGAAGCAGCCACUCCGGUAGCAGACCUUUUCCCCUGGAGAAGCCGAGAACUUGUGUGUGCCCUGCUCCCCAGUCCCCUCUAACGUCUCCCUAAUGAUGCAGCCUCCGCCCGCGGUCCCGGCCCCCUCCCGUGACGUGUCCGUGUGUCCGUGUGUGUUUGCUGCCUGUGGUCUCGUGGCUACUUGUUUGUGGGUGACACCGUGUUAGUGAACUGUGGACUCGCUCCCCUGGGCAGGAGCUGGGCUGUGGCACUGCUGGCUCCUCCCUGCUCCCACCCCCCUCCCAGCACCUCCCACUCUUCCCGGUCUGCCCCCACCAGAGACCAGCCCUUGUCUUGAUUGGGGGAUUGAUUAGUUGGAGCCUGGGCCGGAGACUCCAGCUGUCAUGGGAGCCGGGAAGGCUUGGCCUCACUCUCACCGUCACCCUUCAUGGUUCUCUGCUCCUUUCACAAGCACCUGGCUCCUGUCCCGCCCCCACCCCCCCCCCACGCACACGCACAGGCUCACACACGCCAGGUCUGGCCUGAAGGUCACUACUCAGCCGUCGCAGAUUCAGAGCGAGCAGCCCGAGAGCCUGGCGCAGCCUUCAGGCAGCCUCACACGGCCAUCUUCCUCUGGGGGGCUUCUGCCAGGAGCACCCAGGGAUGCCAGGCCCAGGGCUUCCAGCCUGCCCCCCUGCAUGUCUUAGCAAUAACCCCUUGGGCUCUGGGGCCCCCUGCGUCCUGCUUCCCAGACCUCCACCUGCAGCCCGGCUCGUUCCUGAUGUUGGGUCUCCAGCAGGAGAUGCUGAGGGUCUCCCACCCUGUUGAGGACGCUGCUGGGGUGGGCAGCAGCGGGAGAGGAGGUGCUGGGGUGGGCGGUGGGCUUGGCCCCUCUGGCCACAUCUCUUCUUCUCUGCCUGGCCGUGGCCGGAGCGGUGAGGGCUGAGGGAGACCCUGGGCUCCAUGCAGCACUGCUGCAGAGGGCUCAGCUGCACGGGGCAGGUCCCAGGAAUGGAAAUGCAGAGCGCAUCCCGGUGCCCUUGUGGAGCCCCCACACCAUGCCGCCGCGCCCAGGGCUGCCCCUCUGUCUUGUGCUCUCUCCUCGCGAUAACAUCAGAAACAGGAAUAAAAUAUCACUUGUUUCC